AUGGAUCGAAAGGCAAAGCACGACGAAUUUGCGGCGACGCUACAAAUCACGGGCCCUGCCAAACGUGCGGAUACUGCUGCUAAAAGAAAGGAAACCACUGCUCGAAAAUCUGCGGCCAAAGCACUCAGGGAGCAAGCUAAGAAGACGGUGGCAGACAAGCACUCACCCGUGGUUGACGAGCCCUUGGAGGAGCGUUCAGGCCCGGGAGAUGAGGGCCCAGAGGGGGAAGGUAUGGAUGUAGAUAAGGAAUGA